AACAAAAACAUUCGCUGAAACAAAAACAGUCCGCUGAAUUACUACGCAUUAAGCUUAGCAAAGCGGUGCGUAGAAAGUAAAACAAAUAGUUGAAAAAUAAAAUUCAAAGAGAAAUGUUAAAUUAAUACAAACAGAGCAACUAUAACUAAAAUUAAUUUCAUCAAAAUCUGUAGUAUACAGAAAUAGUUCAAACAAAAACACUAAAGCGAACAACAACAAAAAAGCGAACGCCAAGUUAAGACGCAUUUUCUUACACACACACUUAUUCAUACACACAUACGGAGCCGUGCAAUAAUACAAGGGCCAAAAAACAACAACAAAAAGAGGUUUAAUCUGACUGAAACAAAUAACAAAAACAAGUUAUCUCUUUUUGAAAUAAUAUAAAACAAUAACAACAGUAGGCAGAAACUGAAAAAAAUGUCUACAACACCAAAAUCCACGGAAGAUUUGCUGGGUGAAUCUUGGAUUGAACUAAGCACAACAGCUGCCAUGGCUGGCAUUAAGAGUCCGGACAGAAUAACACCAUUGCCAUUUAACAAUGGUGAGGAAUAUUUGCGUUUAUUGCGUGAGGCUCAACGCGAAUCGAAUCAAUCGAGCCGUGUUGUAUCAUUGGCCAGUUCUCGACGUGACACACCACGAGAUAGCCCCAAAAGUCCACCAAAUAGUCCACAAUCGGAACUCUGUCCAGAUGAUGAGCUAAGAAAUGUUUAUAUUAACUAUUGGACUAAGACUGGCGAUAAACAAAAUACAGACAAUGGAGAUUGGUUGCAAAAUUGGAACAAUCGCGGAGUAGUAGAUGAAAAGCCACCAAAAGAUUGGAUAUUUGAGAAAAAUGUUGGGGAAUCGGAUGGUGAUGAAGAGAAAAAGAAAUCGACUCCAGGUGGCUAUUCCAUACGCUUAAAGCGUCUGGGUGCCCAAUCUAUAUUCUCCCGCGAAAUUCUCUACUCGCUUCUGUUCACCAAUGUCCUGUCCUUGCUGCUUGGCGCUGGCUUUGGAUUGUGGUUGAGCAAGCGAGGCAUACUCCUUACCCGUGUGGUCAUUGACUGAAAUAUGCCAUAAUAAAAAAAAUCAACAACAGAAGCGGCGGCAACGACAGCAGCAACAACAAGAUGAAUAUGACGAUAAAGAUGAAAAUGGAAAUGAAAGAGGAAACAUUAUUUUUUGUUUUCAAUAUGCACAUCAGAACAAGAAACGUUACGUUCCACAAACACCUACAAAUAUAUCUGUCUAUAUAUAUUUAUAUAUACAGAUGUAUGCAGAAAAACAAACCGGAUUAUAUAUAUAUAUAUAUUUAUAUAGGCCAAACGUAUUCCAAGAGCUCAUCAGUAGAAAUUUGAACAAUUUUCUCAUCAAAUUUAAUCUUUGUCAUAAUUUUUAAGAGAUCAAAAUAUUUGCAACAACCUAAAAUUCAUUGAGGAUCGGGGAAUUUUUUUUUUGUUUUUUUUUUAUUCCUGUUUUGUUUAACACAAUAAUUUCUUUACGAUUUUUAUAGACGAUAAAACAAUUUCUUUAUAUAAAAUACACAUAUACAUAAAUAUAUAUAUAUAAAAAAUAUAGAUAUACAUAAAUCCAAUCACACGCCAAACUUCAUCGAUAAUAUUACAUCUUAUAAUACAUCUAUAAACACAUAUAUCUAUAGAUUAUAAUGUAGUUCAAUCAUCUAUAUCAUCUUUUUUGUUUGUUUGUUGUGGCAUCGCAAAAAGCGUUUGUUUUAUUUCUAGUAUAUAGAAAAGGCGAUAACACGAUCACGAUAUGUGUAUAAGAAGAGGAAGAAGGGGUUCCCAGUACCCUGUAAACAAAACACAUAAACACAAUAGUUGUAAUAAUUUUUUAUAUUAAAAAUAUUUUUCAAUAUGUAUUAAAAACAAAGUGGAAAACAAAAACACUUUUUACAAGUCGA